UUCUCCCCCGCAUUGAGUGACAGCUCCACCCCUCGCGCCGGCUCCCGGGCACUUCCUCUCGCGCCUCCCCAUCCGCUCACGCUUAUUUGCUGCUUUGCAAAGAUGGCGUGGAGGUGCACUGUGUCGAAUUUGCGAGUGGUGACUUCCCUCUGCUUGCACGCUCCGAUGCCCUGGCAGCCUUUGCACAGGACGGUACGGAUCACCUGGCCGCUGCGGAAUUUGAGCACCGGCAGACCGGCUCUCUCCGCUCGCAAGUUUACAGACAAACAUGAAUGGGUGAUGGUUGAAAAUGGAAUUGGUACAGUGGGGAUUAGCAAUUAUGCCCAGGAAGCUUUAGGAGAUGUUGUAUAUUGUGGAUUGCCAGAGAUAGGCACAAAGUUAAACCAAUUGGAUGAAUUUGGUGCUCUGGAAAGUGUGAAAGCUGCUAGUGAAUUGUAUUCACCCCUGACUGGAGAGGUAACUGAUAUAAAUAAGGCUCUUGCUGACAAUCCAGGACUAGUCAAUAAAUCUUGCUAUGGAGAAGGUUGGCUUAUUAAAAUGACAAUUGAUAAUCCUGCUGAAGUUGAUGAAUUGAUGGAUGAAGAGGGCUAUGAGAAAUUCCUAAAAUCCAUUGAAGACUAAGUCAUUCUUCAUUCUUAGCAAUAAAAUAAAAUGCUCAUCUGUUCCUGUGUAUUUAGCAAUGAUGGUGAUGGGUUGAAUAUCAAGGCUCUUGACUUGAGAAGCAACUGUAAUUUAUAAGGAGUGCAGUUCAAUGUGAUCCUCUUAAAGUAGUCAUAAUGGAAAUAGUUGGUUUUACAGUAUCUCAGCAAUUGAAAGAUGAGCAAUAUAUUGGCCAUAAAUUUAACCAAUCAACCGUAGAUUGUAAUUAACUUCAAAUUUUUAUUUGAUACAAUGGAACUAGUCAAUAAUGUAUAAAGCUGGUCAUAUGGCACUGAAAUCAUGACAAGGUCCCUUUUUUUUUGACCAAGGAUAUUACAGCUAUGUUGUGAAUUUUUUUUUUAUUUUCAGAUUAUUUUGCUCUCUUGAAAGCCAUGAUGUUCACUUUUAAAUGGCUUCAGUUGUAGCUAUUUUUCUACAGAUUAAAUCAGAAUUUAGUGAUGGGUGGCUAAUUGGUAAUAAAACUCACAUAACUGGAAAACCCCACAGCUGUUGUAUUUUGUUGUUCUACCUCCAUUGUACAGUGAACACAAAGUCUACGCUUGUUAAUUUUAUCAUGGUAAAUGGUCUUGUUUCAUUCGGUUUUUAUAUUGUUCUUCAUAUUUGUAAAGCAUCCUUUUGAACAUCUGUCAUUCUGAGAUUGCAAGUGAUUGAAGAGAAUAAUAGAAGCAACACAAUAUAAUUCAGGGGCAAUUAUUGUAUGUACAUCAAUCUUUAUUGUGCUUUGUACAUUUCCUCCAGAUUUCCAUGUUUCUACGUAGGAUUUAUGCUUCUCAAUUAAGGUACCAAAUAAGUUGUUUUUGCUGCAGGAUUUGUUCCAACAUGAAGGAUAGGAAUACUCAUACUGCAAAGAUGACUCUGUAGACCAAGUACACUUGACUGUAAUCUUUCUUGGCAUUAAAAAAAAAUUGAAAAUUU